AUGGAGCCCAAAGAAGCCACUGGGAAGGAAACCAUGGGUUCCAAGAGAAAGAAUCUGACCUUUUUGAGGCCCAGACUCUAUAUGCUGGAGCGAAGGAAGACUGAUACUGUGGUUGAGAACAAUAUUUCUGGGGACCACUCUGGCACCUUGAGGAGGAGCCAGUCUGACAGGACGGAAUACAACCAGAAAUUGCAAGAAAAGAUGACUCCACAAGCUGGGUGUUCUUCACCUGAGAUCUCAAUCCAAGAAGAAGAGCAUCAGAUAAAGAGAAUGAUGGCAAAGCGGUUGAAAAUCAUCAAGGAGCUGAUCCAGACAGAGAAGGAUUAUCUGUAUGACCUAGAGCUGUGCCUUAGGGAAGUGGUUGAGCCUCUAAGAAAUAAACAGAUUGAAAGACUAGACGUGGAUAGCUUGUUUAGCAACAUUGAAUCCGUGCAUCAGAUCUCAGCCAAGCUGCUGUCAUUGUUGGAAGAGGCCACAACAGAUGUGGAACCGACCAUGCAACUAAUCGGAGACGUAUUCUUGCAGAUGAAAAGUCCACUGGAAGAUAUUUAUAAGAUCUACUGUUAUCAUCACGAUGAGGCGCACAGUGUACUGGAGUCCUAUGAAAAGGAGGAAGAGCUGAAACAGCAUUUGAGCCACUGUAUCCAAUCCUUAAAGAAAAUAUACAUGGAAGAAGGCAAACCAAAUUUAUUGGACAUGGGCUCUUUGAUGAUCAAACCAAUACAGCGUGUGAUGAAAUAUCCCUUGUUACUUUGUGAACUUCGGAAUUCUACCCCUGCUUCUCAUCCAGAUUACAGAGCUCUGGAGGAUGCCUUUGCUGCUGUGAAAGACAUUAAUGUAAACAUCAAUGAACUUAAAAGAAGAAAAGAUUUAGUUCUGAAAUAUAAGAAGAAUGAUGAGGAUGAAUCUCUCAAAGACAAACUAUCAAAACUAAAUAUUCAUUCAAUUAGCAAAAAAUCAAAAAGAGUGACAAAUCAUCUGAAGAUUCUGACCAGAGGAGAAUCACAGGUAAAAGACAAUACCUUUAACAGAGAAGAAAAACUAUUUAGAUGUUUAGAAAAGACAGUGAGGCAUUGUGUGAAGAACAUUUCAUUCUGUCUUCAACACAUACAGGAUGCCAUGCCCUUGGCUCUGCAGAGUAUAACAGAGCUCCAGGAGAUUUCGUGCAAUAAAGAUGAAGAAGAGAGUGACUCUUCAGAGACCCCAAGUGAUGCCUCAAGUCCCUGUAAUGACUUUGCAGUGCACUUACAGAAGCUUGUCCUGGUUCCCCUGUCAGCUCUGCUGUCCUUAUUCCCAGGACCUCAGAAGCUCAUCCAGAAACGCUAUGACAAGCUCCUGGAUUACAACAGCUACCUGCAACGGUCAGCAGGAGAUGAGUCAGACCUGGCCAAAAGAGAGUACGAGGCCCUCAAUGCCCAGCUUGUCGAGGAGCUCCAAGUGUUCAAUCAGGCUGCCCGCAAGAUUCUAUUGAACUGUCUGUGCAGUUUCAUCACCCUUUUCAGAGACCUGAUGCUCGUGACCCAGCGGGUUUAUUCCAAAGUGGUGCUGAAACCACUGUUGGCCUCCAGAAUCUCUGAGAUUCAGAAUCAAGUACUAGAAGAGUUUCAAAGUCUGAAUUUUGUGAAGGACAAUAAUGCCACAUUUAUUGAGAGGAAACUGAGUUUUGAAAAGAAGAAACCUGUGCACAUCUCACCAGGAACUCCACGUCAAACUGAUAGUCACCGCUCCAGGCUUCUAUCCACAUACAGUGCAGAGGAAUUAUAUCAAGCUAAGCGCAAGUGCAAUGCUACCCAGGAACAUGACAUCAAUCUUCUGGAAGGGGAGCUGGUGGCUGUGAUGGAACAGAAAGAUCCGCUGGGGAGUACAAGCAGGUGGCUUGUUGACACAGGAAUUGUAAAAGGAUAUGUGUAUUCCUCCUUCCUAAAACCUUAUAAUCCAGCCAAAGUGCAGAAGGUGGAUGCUGAAAACAGGUUUUGUGAUGAUGAUUUUGAUAACAUCAGCCUCUUUGUGUCUUCACGGCCCGCUGGUGACAGUGUCACAGGCACCCCAGAAGGCAGCAUAAGUGGUAGCAGCUCAUCUCUUAGUGGUACCUGUGGAAAAUUGGAAAGAAAUGGGACAGAUGUUGAUAGUCUUCAAGAAGUAGAAGAACAGAUUUUCUAUGCUGUUCAUGCCUUCCAAGCACGGAGCGACCAUGAACUUAGCCUUCAGGAGUACCAAAGAGUCCAUAUACUUAGAUUUUGUGACUUAAGUGGCAAUAAAGAGUGGUGGUUAGCUGAAGCUCAAGGACAGAAGGGCUACGUGCCUGCUAACUACCUCGGGAAGAUGACUUAUGCUUAA